AUGAUGCAGAAGGGCCAGGCAAAGUUUUGCGUUUGGGGCCUCCACCCGAUCCAGAACGGAAACAACGUGAAGUACGCCAAAGAGUCCAUAAAGCUGGCCGCCGACAAGAUGAAGGAGUGCGCGGAGACCCACAGCGCUCCUUCGAUCUUCCUCGGCGAUUUCAACACGGCGGACUGGCGAGGGGCCAUGGGCGAGCUCGAGUAUCGCACUGGAUGGAAGUG